CAACAACGACAUCAACAACAACAACAACAAAAACAACAACGACAUCAACAACAACUACGACUACUACACGUCCAACAACUACUACGUCUACCACCACCACAACAACGUCAACUACAACAACUACUACGUCUACCACAACUACUACAAAAACCAGCACAACUACAACAACUUCUACUAAAAACCCGAUCGUUUUGCCCAAUUCGAAUUGUCCCAAGAAAUCAGAUGUGGUGUUUGUUGUUCACCGAUCAACCAACAUGAAUGUUAACUUUUUUCACGAUUAUUUACUUGCAUUGAUUAAAGAUGUUGCAUCCAAAUUGGAUAUUGACAGCCGAUGGAACCAAGUAGCUGCUGUUUCAUUUAGUGACAGAGCCAACGUGGAAUUUUAUUUCACUAAUUUUUCUACCUCAGCCUCUCUUCAAAUGGCCAUAGACAAAAUUUCUUAUGGAGGAUAUGGAACAAACUUGGCGUCGGCUUUGAAUCUUGUUCGAACUUCAUUGUUUUCGGCGGCAAAUGGAGCGCGUGUCAACGAUAAAACAGUCUCAAAAGCUGUUGUGGCCUUAAUCAACUAUCCAUCUGAUGAUCCAGUGGUUGUUCUCGAAGAAGCAGAUUGUAUGAGAAAUGAAAGUAUUGGGAUAUUUACAGUAGGCUCUGGAAGUAUUCUCAAUCGAUUUGAACUUGCGGCAUUGGCAUCUUCUACAAAGAACAUGGCAACUGUUGAUAGCUCAAGAAGUUUGCCCACACUUUCGGAUCCAAUCAAACGAUUUGCUUGUGGAGAUGACAAUAACUGCAUAAUAAAUCCAUGUCUCAAUGGAGGAACGUGCAGAGAAAUAGCCAAUCAAGUUAUUUGUGAUUGUCUACCUGGAUGGACUGGAUCUUUUUGUAACGAAACUUGUAAAAAUGGUGGUGAUAUCAUUUUCGCAAUUGAUGCGUCAUUAGGAAUAGAAUCAAACACAUUCUUCAACGUAACAAACUACAUCGGUAAUAUAGUUAACGCGAUGAAUAUAAAUGGAAAUCUUGACGGACCAUCUUUCAGCAGGGUGGGGUUGUUCACCUACGAUGGGAAUUCCGUAACGACAUACUUCAAUUUCAGUACCUACAAAACUAAAUCCCAAAUAAUCGCCGCUUUAAGAGUUCCGUUUCAGUCGAAAUCUAGUUCUAGAAUAAUUAAAGCCCUAGAGACGGCUGAUUUGAUGUUUCAAAGGGAGGACAGAGUCAACAUACCAAAUUAUUUAGUUGUCGUAUCUGAUGGUGAUUAUGACGAAAGUAACGACGGUCUGAAAAAUUUGUGGCUUAAAUCUGUUUCUCUUAGAGAAAAAGGCAUUAACAUAUUAAGCGUUGGAAUUGGCAGUGCUCCAUACAUGAGCCCACAACUGACGGCCAUCGCCAGCAAUGGAAGGUCCAAUGCUUUAAUAGUGGCAGAUGCACAGAGUCUGAAGGAAAACAGCACCGUUUCAUUCAUCACUAAUCGUCUAUGCAAUAAUAUUAACUACUGUUCAUCAAAUCUGUGUAAAAAUCCAGAGACCUGCACUUCAAGUGUUGGUAAUUAUUUCUGUGGACCCUGCCCCUCCAUGACCACCGGAACAUAUUGUGAAAGGGGAUGUACCGGCGAAAUUGACUUGGCUUUCUUGUUGCUCAGCGGAGGGGUCGUGCAUCGUGAAAGAUUCCAAAAUCUGACGAACUUUGCAAUAAGUAUAGUCGAAAGCUUGGAUAUAUCUCCACAGAGAACACGUGUUUCUUUAAUAUUUUGGGCUAACGAAGCACAAGUAGCCUUCAACUUAAAUUCAUAUACCAAUAAAUACGACGUAAUUCAAGCAAUAAAGCUAUUGCCUUACUUCAUGGCGGGAGGCAACAACAUGUCUGGUGCAUUGAGACUUUUGAGGAGAAACGUGUUUAACCAAGCAAACGGAGAUAGACCAAAUGUUAAAAACGUGGCUAUUUUAGUUACUAAUGGACCAUCGACCAUAGAUGUCAAUUUAACUGUACCAGAGGCUAUUCAAAACAGAAUAGAUAGAAAUUUGUUAAUUCCGGUCGCUCUUGAAGCAAAUAUGUUUAAUUCCUUUGAACUUUAUGGGAUAGCAAGUGAGCCAAAAUUAUCAACGCUCGUCAAAGUAGAAUUUUUUCGCGAUCUGCCUGCCAAAGUACCCUCCAUAUUGCAGACUGUUUGCAACGACUGCAACCAGAGGCUCGAUGUGAUUAUUUUGCUGGACAUAUCCGGCAGUACAGAGGAGGAAUCCCUGAACAACAUUGCGCUUACCAAGCAGAUAAUUUACGGCCUUCCCAUCGACAACGAUAACGCCAGAGUUGCAAUGGUUGCCUAUUCAGAUGAUGUCUCAUUCCAAAUGACACUUGACGCACAGAUACGCAACAAAAUGAAUCUCAUCAACCUCAUCGAUUUCAAUGCCGCAGCUGGAAAAACAAACACUCCGGCUGGCUUCGAUGCAAUAAUUAACAACAUUUUAAACAAAAGAGGCGAUAGAAAUGAUGUGCCAAACUAUGUAGUUGUCAUUACAGACGGCGAAUCGAACGUGAACCAGGGCCAAACUAUUCCAAAAGCAAACAUCAUCAAAAACGGGGGAUCAAUCGUUGUAGCGGUUGGCGUGGGCUACACUCCAAAUCGUGAUGAAAUUAGAGGCAUUGCUACUAGUGACAAUUACGUUUUCUAUUAUCCUCCUACUAAAACCGCUGUCGAGGUAGCCAACUCUAUACUAGACAAAUUUUGCAAUUAAUUAUUUUUUCUUGACAUUAUAUAGACGCAAAUUCGUUGUUAUCUAUUGAAUUGAUUCAGUUUAGUUUGAUGUUCCUUGCCGCCUUCAUGUGAAUCAAACGAGAUGUAAUGCUACGACAACUUAUUAUCACUGUCAGCUUAUAAAUCUUUGUAGCAUUUAUCAUUUAUUUCGUCAGUCUCACCGAAAAUAAAUUUUUUAAUUGCAUAAGUUGACGGAAAAUGACGGUCCACAAUCUUAUUACCUUGCUCAAGUAAUUGAAAUGUUUUUAGAAAUAUAUUAGAUUUUAUAAAUAGAAAAUUUAAUUGAAAUGUAAAAUAAUUACCAUUUUGUUUGCAAGCAAAAGCACGAUGGUAGUGACUAAAAGUAUUCAUUUGUAUCUGUGAUUGAUUUGAAAUAAAUUUGAUGUGACUCCACAAUCAUUUAGAAAAUUUUCCAUUUCCUACAUUUUUAAGUUUCAACUAGUGAUUUCAAAAACGAAAUUAGAAGUUUCAAUUAUUUUCAGUUGAAUUUUUGCUUAUCGUUGAGCUUAUAAAUGUUUUAGUAUUUUGUAAAAUAAAUAAUGUUAAUAUGAU